GAAAGCCUAAAUGAUCUUCCUGCAUCAAACCGUAGCUUGUCGAUGCACUCAGUUGAAAUGCGGACAUGAAGUGUUUGACAUUAAACUUUUCUGCAACUUCUUUCCAACUAAGAAAUUCCUUAAAAGUCAGCAUGUCAUCGGAAGGCCAGCUUUGUCCACUAUUUUAACAUAAUCCUUUUCUCAAAUUCGGCAGAAUGCUGCUCAGAGCUUACACUCAUUCUCCACAAUUUAUUCGUACAACUUGUGCCAAUUUCUUCUCCAGUCACCCCCUCACCAGAAUCCCCCUCGCCCACAGAAGAGUAAAAGUCCCUCUAAAUGCAGCCGCCGCCGCCAAAUUUAGCACAAAAUCUGCAGUGCCACUUACCACCAAACACGCAGCAGAUAACAACAAUGACAGCAAUGUAAUCCCCUUGGACAUGCUUUUUGUGCCGCCAGGGGUCGAGAGAAAUGAAAUAAAAGAAGACAUGUUAUUGCCCGGAUCAAACAUAGUAAUGGGUCCAUAUGCAGGGGAUGCAAAGAUUAAGCAGGUGGAGUUUAAAGGUAGCAGCAUCAGGGCGAACGAUUGCCCUAAAGAUGGCAAACCUGAAUUCGCCAUGCUGGGCCGGUCGAAUGUGGGCAAGUCUUCGCUCAUCAAUUGCUUGGUCAGAAAGGACAUUGCCAUGACUUCGAAGAAACCAGGGAAGACACAGCUUAUCAAUCAUUUCUUGAUAAACAAGAGCUGGUACAUUGUGGACUUGCCCGGAUAUGGGUAUGCUUAUGCCCCUGAAUCAGCACGGCUUGAUUGGAACACAUUCACAAAGGGCUACUUUUUGAAAAGAGAUACAUUAGUUGCUGUGAUGCUUCUUGUUGAUGCCAGUGUCCCACCACAGAAAAUUGACCUUGAUUGUGCUAAUUGGCUUGGCCGCAACAAUAUUCCAUUAACUUUUGUGUUUACAAAAUGCGACAAAAGGAAAUCAGGAAAGAGUGGUCUAAAACCACCUGAGAGAAACAUACAAGAUUUUCAAGAUCUUAUCAAGAAAAACUAUCGUGAGCCCCCUCCUUGGAUCAUGACUAGCAGUAUUAGCAAUCUUGGAAGAGAUGAUCUUUUGUUACAUAUGUCUCAGCUUAGAAAUUACUGGGAUAAUUAGUGAGCUGGACAUCAUUAGAUGAUGAGUUGUGGAUACAUGAUAUUUGCGAUUAGUCAAUAUUGUACCAUGACAGUCUGUUAUAUGUAUCCCAAGGUGCUAACUGAGAUUGCUGCUUAAAUUGUGCCCCAUGUAUAAUAUAUUUUUGCCUUCGCAUAGUGUUGAGGUUUGCUCAAAUAAGAUUUGUUGGAUUACUAUAAAUAUCUUAUUCCUAUUUCUAGUUA